AGUAAAGCGCAAAAGAAAUCCGGAGAACAAUUCUGUGAAUACAAAACCCCUCCAUCAAACUCUCUCCCUUGGAGUCUGAGAUCAGAUCGAGCUUCAGCCAUGGGCGAAUCUCUAGUGAAGCAGAUUAUCGAGAAUCAAGUACUAACUGUAGCCAAGGCAGUGGAGGACAAGCUCGACGAGGAGAUCUCCGCCCUAGAUCGCCUCGAUCUCGACGACAUCGAAGUGUUGAGAGAGAGGAGGAUUCAGCAGAUGAAGAAGAUGGCGGAGAAGAGAAGCAAGUGGCUUGCUCUUGGCCAUGGCGAGUACACUGAGAUCUCUGAGAAGGAUUUCUUUGCUGCUGUUAAGGCUAGCGAUCGCGUUGUCUGCCACUUCUUUCGCGAGAAUUGGCCUUGCAAGGUAAUUGACAAGCAUUUGAGUAUUCUAGCAAAGCAACAUAUAGAGACACGCUUUAUAAAAGUUCAUGCUGAGAAAAGUCCAUUCCUUACUGAGAAGCUGAGGAUAGUUGUACUACCGACCCUUGCUCUCGUAAAGAAUGCCAAAGUAGACGAUUAUGUGGUGGGAUUUGAUGAACUUGGAGGUACUGAUGAAUUCAGCACUGAAGAUCUGGAGGAGAGGCUCGCAAAGUGUCAAGUUAUUUCAUACGAUGGUGAAUCCUCCAUAAGCAAAAUCAACUCAGACACAAGCAAACGAAGCGUUCGACAAUCAGAAAUUUCUAAUGAAUCUGAUUCUGAUUAGUUUGAGGUAAUCACAUUUUGCUGAUGCUCAGAAGCUGGCGUUGAGAUUCUACAAAUUGUAUGCCUAGUUUACUAUCGCUUUUGCAUCCCCCUCUUUGUUUAAUUCUCCAUAUUUAUUAGAAGAGGUUCGGUGUAACAGGACGUUAUUAUUAAGCUUAUAGUAGCGUGUUGUAUCUUUGGUUAGUUACAGAACCAGUUGUGAAGUAAUGGAGGGUGCAUAGCUUCUGCGUGAAGGAUAAUGCAUAUACUUCCUAGCA